UUCACAGGGUCUUCUGCAGAUGAGUGUCGGACGGCAGAGUGAGUCGGGUCGCUGUGCUGCUCCCUUAAGGUGGUCAACAUGUUCAAAGUCGUUUCCUCUCUAAGUGGCCGCUGUGUUUUAAGAGGGCAGCCCUGCUCUCGGUCCGGUUCGGUCAAAUUCCACUUGGCAAGUGGUGCAUUAUGUCAGGAAUCAGCCCUCACAGACGUCCCAGAUAUGCCCCCAUGCAAUUUCAAACCAGAGGAAUACACGGGUAUGUCCAAAGAGCGGAUGAUGGAGAUCCGCAGGAAGAACUGCAACCCCAUGAUCAUGAAGGUUACCUACUUUAAGAAACCAGUGUUCAUCCACCAGGGAUACAUGCAGUGGCUGUGGGAUGUGGACGGGAAGCGGUACCUGGAUCUAUUUGCUGGUGUGGCUACUGUCAGUGUGGGCCACUGCCACCCGAAAGUAAUAGCAGCCGCAGAGCAGCAGUUGAAGAGACUGUGGCAUACUACAAACAUCUACGUCUAUCCUCCUCUCCAUGAGUACUGUGAGAAACUAGCUUCCUACUUACCAGAUCCUCUUAAGGUGGUAUAUCUGACCAACAGCGGCUCAGAAGCCAAUGACCUGGCCAUGCUGAUGGCUCGACUUCACACAGGAAACUUUGACAUCAUCACUUUCAGAGGAUCGUACCACGGUGGCAGCCCACAGACCAUGGGCCUCACCUCCAACGCAGCAUAUAAAUACCCCAUCGCCAAUGGUUUGGGCUGCUCAAAUACCAUGUGUCCUGAUGUGUUCAGAGGUCCGUGGGGAGGAAGCCACUGCAGGGACUCUCCUGUGCAGACCAUCAGAGAAUGUGGCUGUGCCCAAGGUCAUUGCAUGGCAAAUGACCAGUACAUUGGACAGCUCAAAGAGACAUUUGCUACAAGUGUCCCAAGUCGAAUUGCUGCUUUCUUUGCAGAGCCGAUUCAGGGAGUCGGAGGAGCUGUGCAGUAUCCUAAAAACUUCCUCAAGGAGGCUUACAAACUUGUAAGAGAGAGAGGAGGGGUCUGCAUUGCUGAUGAGGUCCAGACUGGAUUUGGGCGAACAGGAAACCACUUCUGGGGUUUCCAAGGUCAUGACAUCAUUCCUGAUAUGGUUACAAUGGCGAAGGGCAUUGGUAAUGGUUUCCCAAUGGGAGCUGUUGUUACUACACCAGAAAUUGCUGCCUCGUUCGCCAAGGGGGUUCACUUCAACACCUUUGGAGGAAAUCCUGUGGCUUGUGCUGUUGCUUCAUCAGUGCUUGAUACAAUCAAAGAAGACGGCGCACAGCAGAUCAGUCUUAAUGUUGGAACCUAUCUGAUGACAGAACUCGCCAAACUCAGGGACAAAUAUGAGAUAAUCGGGGACGUCCGUGGAAAAGGCCUGCAGAUUGGUGUGGAAAUGGUCAAAGACAAGGCCAGCAGAGACCCUCUGCCUACCCAGGCGAUGAGUGAGAUCUUCGAGGACAUAAAGGACAUGGGAGUCCUGAUAGGGAAAGGCGGAAUCUACGGACAGACUUUCCGCAUCAAACCACCGAUGUGCAUCACGAUGGAGGACGCAGAUUUCUUCCUGGCAAUUUUUAACAAGUCAAUCCACAACUACAUGGAAAGAAGUGUAGUUUAAGCAACUUUUGGAGCUAGUACUGCUAGCUACUUUGUUGGCAAAGAACUCGCAACAUCUGACUGGGUUUUUUGGUUGGAUAAUUCUUAAAUUCUCAGGUUCUUUUACUGGUUUCUACCUACAAAAGAUUUAAUAUACCUCAACAGAUAAAUGAAAAAAUAAUAUUGUAGAGUGCCUUUAUAACAACUGACUUGAAGAUCACUUUGCCUGUUUCUGUCUGCUGAAUCAUGCUUGAAUGUAAUGUUGAUUGUAUGAUUGUAAUUUCUGAACACAUGUUUUGUUGCUGAUUAUAGAUGUGAAUGUAAUAAUAAUAAUAAAAAUCUGUGAGCUUGAGGAACAA